AUGAACUUCCUGUGGAAGAGCAAGUCCGACAGCUCGAAAUCGCCGGUUGCAAAGAAUAGCAAGCAGAAUGGCGCUUCCGGGUUCUUUCCAGAGAACGAGAUAGUGAGCUUCGAGCAGCCUAAGAAGUCAUCUGGGACUCCGUACAGUCUGAAAGAGUUCCCUCGCAUUGUUGAGCAUCAGUUUGGGGAGAGUCUGGGCAAUAGAACGAGACUUUUGCGGGAAUUGGCGAAUACAGAGACACUGGAGCUCGGUCCGCCAGAUAUGGUCCAUGUAACUUUGUUUGACAACUUUUACAAGGAGGAGAUUGGCGAGUAUUUUUACAUUACUGGGGUAGACAUGUCUAGCGAGUCGAUGCCGCUUGCCUUCUUGAAGAUGCUCAAAUUUGACCGGAGCGAAAGGCAGCAGACGAAUGAGAGCCAGGUCUCCACGUACUGCUGCGUCAACAUCUUCAGACAGCUCGACAUAAGGAUAAGGUACGAAUCGGAGAAGAGUUAUCAAGUCAGCGCCGUGGAUUGCCGCACGGGCACCGGCAUUGUGCAGGUGAACGACGAGAUCUGGGAGGAGACGUUUGUUAGUUGCUGUCUGCGAAGCGUUAUCACGAAUGUGGAUCCAGUGAGGAAGCUGCCUGGUCUUGUAGAGUACCCUUUGGCUGUCUCACACGGCGGAGCGAGCAGUUGCCUAAGGCUUAUAAGGACGCUGUGCAAAUUCUUGCCGCGGUUCUUGGAAUGCGGGUGGGAUUCCUCGAGAAGCGUGCAUCCUACUGUUUUACACAACUAUUUGACGGAGACCCUAUUGACGUUCUUGUCUGUAGCGCCAGGCCUGGCGGACCAGACGAUCGAAAUACUCGAAGCGCUGGAAGAGACAGAUCCGGAAAAUAAACUUUACUACUCGACUGUCAUAAUCGCUGUUAUGGAGCAAGAUGGAGAGCGGGAUCUGGACAUGAUUUCGAGGAUGAACGGGCUUAUCGAGCCUCUGCUAUCGCAACUUGAUGCAGCAGCGCCGCGCGAUAGCGAUGCGCUCCUAGUCGUCAAUUGCCUGUCAGAAAUACUGAAUUUACAGGCAAAAUUCUUGAUUAAGAGAGGAGAUCUUGGGUUGGCUACGUCAGUCGCCAAAACUUCCUGCGAACUAUCGUCAGACUCAUUCGAAUCAUGGUUUUAUCUCUCGAGAUGCUAUAUUCUACAAGGUGACUAUGAACGAGCCCUUAUCACCAUCAAUUGCAUGCCACAUUUGCCUGAGUUCAAUAAGAUGAAGAGAGCUCUAUGCUAUGACCCCAGCUUAGUUGGAUACUACAAGCGGCCGUUGGGCAACAGUGUCCCUCGCUGUGAUUUGAACUCGGUUGAAAUGAACAAUUUAAGCGCUACUCUGAAGAUAUCGAAGGAUGAAAAACUGCGUGAGAUCAUAUUUGGCAGAAUAGCUAUGCCCAAUGAGUCUGAGAGGGGCAGGAUUUCCGAAAUCUGGGAUCAGGCUUGUCUGAACUUUGGUCCCGUUUAUGGCCCGCAUUCUCAUAAUCUGAUAAACUUUGCUUCUCCGACAGAGGUUAAAUCUGUGGCUGACCUCAGGCUGCUAGCGCGAAGCACUAUGGCGAAGCAGCUCAGCUGGUUUCGCGACCGAGUCUAUGAGCUGCUGAUGGAGAUUACAACCAAGACGGGCUGGAACGGAUUGUUGCAGCUAAGGUCGAAGCUAUUUGUGAUGGAGAAAGAGUAUGAUGGCGAUGGCUUGGCCAAGAUAGGCGCUGGAGAUAAAAUGUCAACUGGGCUGAAAAAGAAGAGGCUAUGCGAGAGAUGGUUGGAUCAACUGUUCCUUGAUCUGUAUGAGGAUCUACGAAUCAGCACGUCCUCGGAAGGUCGCGGCGACGUUAUGUACAACGGUUUGGAAUGGGAACUCCUGGGAAUAAUCCUGCUGAGAACGUGGCAGUGGCAAGACGCCGUAACGUGUUUAACAACGAGUAUCAUGGCACGCUUUGACAUAGUGAGUUGUAGAAAGCUACUCGAACUAUACAUGAGACGCACCGAUACCGUGACGAUUUCCUUCGAUCCUGAUACUAUCCUCGAGCUCCUCACUCAGAAGAUCUCGUACGAGUCACGAUUUUACGACAAUUUCCAGAUACUGAACCUACAAGUACUCUACAGGCUAAGUGAAGACCUUGGAAUCGAGAUAGUACGAAACAGAGUGAAGAUCCUACCGUUUGCCGAGAGAGGUAUCAUAGCCCUGGUUGAAUCCAUGCUAGACUGGAUAAAGGAGAUGGGCUGUGACUCAAGAUAG